CGCGGUCACCGAGGGGGCGCGGGCCGGCCCGCGGCGGCUGCGGCGGCGGCAUGAAAGUGACCGUGUGCUUCGGAAGGACCCGGGUGGUCGUGCCGUGCGGGGACGGCCACAUGAAAGUUUUCAGCCUCAUCCAGCAAGCGGUGACCCGCUACCGGAAGGCCAUCGCCAAGGAUCCAAACUACUGGAUACAGGUGCACCGGCUGGAACACGGGGAUGGAGGGAUUCUCGACCUCGACGACAUCCUGUGUGACGUGGCUGACGAUAAAGACAGACUGAUAGCUGUGUUUGAGGAGCAGGACCCACACCAUGGCGGGGACGGCACCAGCGCCAGCUCCACCGGCACCCAGAGUCCAGAGAUGUUCGGCAGCGAGCUCGGCGCCAACAGCGUCUCCGCCUUCCAGCCUUACCAAGCCACAAGCGAGAUCGAGGUCACCCCUUCAGUGCUUCGUGCCAACAUGCCUCUUCACGUCCGCCGGAGCAGUGACCCAGCGCUCAUCGGCCUCUCCACCUCCGUCAGCGAUAAUAACUUCUCCUCCGAAGAGCCUUCGCGGAAAAACCCCACCCGCUGGUCAACCACCGCGGGCUUCCUCAAGCAGAACAUGGCCGGCAGCCCUCCAGCCUGCGACAGGAAGAAAGAUGAGAACUACAGGAGCCUCCCGCGGGACACGAGUAACUGGUCUAACCAGUUUCAGAGGGACAACGCUCGCUCAUCCCUGAGUGCCAGUCACCCGAUGGUGGACAAGUGGCUGGAGAAGCAGGAACAGGAUGAGGACGGGGCGGAGGAGGACAGCAGCCGUGUGGAGCCCGUGGGACAUGCCGACACCGGCGUGGAGAACACACCCAGCUUUUCUCUGGAUGACAUGGUACAGCUGGUGCACGUCCCCAACGACGGAGGGCCCCUGGGGAUCCAUGUGGUGCCUUUCAGUGCUCGCGGCGGCAGGACCCUGGGGCUGUUAGUAAAGCGACUGGAGAAAGGUGGCAAAGCUGAGCAAGAAAACCUUUUCCACGAGAAUGACUGCAUCGUCAGGAUUAAUGACGGUGACCUUCGGAACAGACGAUUUGAGCAGGCCCAGCACAUGUUCCGCCAAGCCAUGCGCACGUCCAUCAUCUGGUUCCACGUGGUCCCCGCGGCAAAUAAGGAGCAGUACGAGCAGCUGUCCCAGAGCGAGAGAGGCGGCGACGGCUGGAGCCACUGCAGCCCCGACAGCCAGCGUGCCGAGCCCCGGGGCACGGCCAGCGCCUGCAUGGGGCCCCUGGCGGCUGCGCAGAGGACGCUCCGGCCGCACCCCGUGCCCCCCGAGCUCGCCAGCCCGCACCCCCGGCCGCCCGCGCCUGGCGCGCAACACCCCGGCAGGCCGCCCGCUGCCCCCACCCCGGCCCCCACCUCCUUCGGCUCUGGCCUCGGCGGUGGCUACAACACCAAGAAGGUCGGCAAGAAGCUCAACAUCCAGCUGAAGAAAGGCACAGAAGGCUUGGGGUUCAGCAUCACUUCCCGGGACGUCACAAUAGGAGGCUUAGCCCCAGUUUACGUGAAGAACAUCCUCCCCAGAGGGGCUGCCAUCCAGGACGGCAGACUCAAGGCGGGGGACAGGCUCCUAGAGGUAAAUGGAGUCGAUCUAGCAGGCAAGUCCCAGGAGGAAGUGGUUUCCCUGUUGAGAAGCACCAAGAUGGAAGGGACUGUGAGCCUCCUGGUCUUCCGCCAAGAAGACGCCUUCCACCCGAGGGAACUGAAUGCAGAGCCAAGGCAGAUGCAGAUCCCAAAAGACACGAAAGCGGAAGACGAGGAUCCUGUUCUCACACCCGACGGCACCAGGGAGUUUCUCACCUUCGAAGUUCCUCUCAAUGACUCGGGAUCCGCCGGUCUGGGCGUCAGCGUCAAAGGAAACCGGUCGAAAGAGAACCACGCAGACCUGGGGAUCUUUGUGAAGUCCAUCAUUAACGGAGGAGCAGCAUCCAAAGAUGGGAGGCUGCGGGUCAAUGAUCAGCUGAUCGCUGUGAACGGGGAGUCCCUGCUGGGCAAGACCAACCAGGACGCCAUGGAGACCCUCCGCAGGUCCAUGUCCACCGAGGGGAACAAGCGGGGCAUGAUCCAGCUCAUCGUGGCCCGGAGGGUCAGCAGGGGCGGCGAGCUGAAGUCACCGGGAAGCCCCUGCGGACCUGAGCUGCCUGUUGAGAUGGUGCUGGAUGACCGGGAACGGAGGAUUUCCCACUCCCUCUACAGCGGGGCCGAGGGGCUGGAUGACCCGCCCACAAGAAAUGCUGCCCUCAGCAGGAUCAUGGGGAAGUACCAGCUGUCCCCCACAGUGAACAUGCCCCAAGAUGACACUGUCAUUAUAGAGGACGACAGGUUGCCAGUGCUGCCUCCACACCUCUCGGACCAGUCCUCCUCCAGCUCCCACGAUGACGUAGGCUUCGUGACGACAGACCCUGGCCCGUGGGCCCAGGCGGGCAUCGGUGACUCCGCAGACUGCUCUUUGAGUCCAGAUGUCGACCCAGUUCUGGCUUUUCAACGGGAAGGAUUUGGACGUCAGAGUAUGUCAGAAAAACGCACAAAGCAAUUUUCAGAUGCCAGUCAAUUGGAUUUCGUUAAAACGCGAAAAUCAAAAAGCAUGGAUUUAGGUAUAGCUGACGAGACUAAACUCAGUACAGCGGGUGACCAGAAAGCAGGCUCCCCCAGCCGAGACGUGGGGCCGUCCCUGGGUCUGAAGAAGUCGAGCUCUUUAGAGAGUCUGCAGACGGCGGUCGCCGAGGUGACUCUGAAUGGGGACAUCCCCUUCCACCGCCCACGGCCGAGGAUCAUCCGAGGAAGAGGGUGCAACGAGAGCUUCCGAGCUGCCAUCGACAAGUCCUAUGACAAACCUGCUAUGGACGACGAUGACGAAGGCAUGGAGACGCUGGAAGAAGACACGGAGGAAAGUUCGAGAUCGGGGCGAGAGUCGGUGUCGACGGCCAGUGACCAGCCCUCCCACUCCCUGGAGAGACAGGUGAACGGCAGCCCAGAGAAGACGGACAGGAGAAAGGAGAAAGCGCGCAAGGAGAAGAAAGACAGGGACAAGGAGAAGGAGAAGGCCAAAGCCAAGAAGGGGAAGCUGCGGGGCCUGGGCGAGAUGUUCAGGUUUGGCAAACAUCGAAAAGAUGACAAGAUUGAAAAAACGGGUAGAAUCAAAGCGCGGGAGGCCCCCCCGUCGGAGGAGGAGAGAGCCCGGAUGGCGCGCGAGCAGGAGAGGAUUCAAGCCAAAACGCGAGAAUUUCGGGAGCGACAGGCUCGGGAACGUGACUAUGCUGAAAUCCAAGAUUUCCAUCGGGCGUUUGGCUGUGAUGAUGAGCUGAUGUAUGGGGGAGUCUCUUCCUAUGAAGGCUCCAUGGCUCUCAGCGCCAGACCCCAGAGCCCAAGAGACGGGCAUAUGAUGGAUGCUCUGUACGCCCAGGUCAAGAAGCCGCGGAAUGCCAAACCUUCACCUGCAGACAGCAGCCGAUCAGCUCCUAGCAACCACGACCGGAUACAGCGUCUGCGGCAGGAGUUCCAGCAGGCAAAGCAGGAUGAAGACGUGGAGGAGCGACGGCGGACCUACAGCUUCGAGCAGCCCUGGCCCAGCCCCCGGCCGGCGGCGCAGAGCGGCAGGCACUCGGUGUCCGUGGAGGUGCAGAUGCAGCGCCAGCGGCAGGAGGAGCGUGACAGCUUCCAGCAGGCCCAGCGUCAGUACAGCUCGCUGCCCCGGCAGAGCAGGAAGAACGCCAGCUCCGUCUCCCAGGAUUCUUGGGAGCAGAACUACUCCCCUGGGGAAGGCUUCCAGAGUGCCAAGGAGAACCCCCGGUACUCCAGCUACCAGGGCUCCCGCAACGGCUACCUGGGCGGCCACGGCUUCAAUGCCAGGGUGAUGCUGGAGACCCAGGAGCUCCUGCGCCAGGAGCAGCGGCGCAAGGAGCAGCAGGUGAAGAAGCAGCCCCCUCCCGAGGGGCUCGGCAGCUAUGACUCGUAUAAGAAAGCCCAGGACCCCAGUCACGUCCCCCCCAAGGGGCCCUUCCGGCAGGACGUGCCGCCCUCCCCGUCACAAGUCGCCAGGCUGAACAGACUCCAGACUCCCGAGAAGGGGCGGCCCUUCUAUUCCUGAGCCAGAGGAGAGCGGAUGCUGCGUGUCAUGCAAUAAAGGACAUUUUCCUACGGAGACUUGUCCUGGGGGAGUUUUUUUAAAACCUCGGUGGUACUACGGAAUAUUUCUCUUGUUGGUAUCAGUGCCUUUAAGCAGCGUGGGCAAUUCAAUGGAAGGCCUUAAUGUCUUUGCCACUCUGUCUCAAGUGUCUACGUCAUGGAAGGAUUUCCCGCCAUCUGACAAUCACCUGUUCGAGGCAUUUAUAUGCUCUGCAUCUCUUGGGUACCCAGGAUCCUGGCCCAGCCCGUGAGAUGUCUAGGGCUUUGGGUACCUCCCUGUACAACUCGUGGUGACAGGUAACCCUGAAGCCGAGGGUGAUGCUGUUCCCUUUUUCCCCGUUAAGUUCCUAGGAUGAGGUGACGUCUCUGUCUCUGGUGGAUGACAGUGGGUGGCAUUCACCAGACACUGGGGCUCCACGGUACUUCCUGGCACAGUGUUUAUAAUCCUUUGUACCAGUGUGGUUUCCCUUUUCUUUUUCAGCUCCUUGUAACAGGAAAGGUCCUUCAUCUAAAAGAAACGAAGCCAUAUUCCAACACUGUCUGGUUAUCAGGGGGGUCCUUUUGUAACUGCCUUAUAACUCAGUGUUACCAAUAAAGUGACCAUUCUGUCUGUGUUUAUAAACACCCUUGCUCAGUCCUGUUCCUCACACACGUGUUGAGUUCCCCACAGCUCUGCGUGGGGAACGUGGGAGGCGGGUGUGAGCCCUGGGAGGGAAGGGCCACCUGCCCGUGGGCCAUGUGUGUCACGCCGUGGGGGGUGGUAGUAAGGACAGGAGUCUCCCAGGAUGAGCAUCUGGCCCAGCACACCCAGUGUGUGUUUGACAAGUCAGCAGGAGGCGCACAGCACAGGACAGGGACAGAUACUCCUUUUGGGAUUCCAGAAACGCACAUGCUUUCUCUGGUUUUUAAAGUCGGUUGGAAUUGAUGUUUGUCUAUUCAGCCACCUGCUGUAUCUCUGCCUGGUGAUGCCAUCCAUGCUUCUAAAUAAUUCUUCCAGGAAACAGAAAAGAGAAAUAAGAGGAAAGCCAUUCCACCCCCCACAGAACAUUCUGGUGUCCCCAGACAGUGGUAGCAAAAGAUUGCCCUCCUGUCGACACGUUAACGGGCGUACGGGUCAGGAGGAGCUGGGUUGCCAAGGGUUCCCAUGUUCUCAUCUGCUGUCUGAACAUCACAUUGUACACCCUGGCUGGACUGCUCAAGUGCCUGCCCAUCCCGAUGUGAAAAAAGCUUGAGAUGAAAGCUCAGCAUCCUGUGAACAAAAAAGAGAAGGAAAAAGAAGAGACGUGUACUGAAAUGCCUAAUUUUUUUUACUGGCACACUAUUUUUGUGUCCACUUGUUUGUAGAACCCGUGUGAGGUGUCUAUCCCCUACCUGCAUCUGUCUCUUUUGCUCCUCUGUGUGACGGUUCCAUUUGUUUGUAGAGCGUGGUGAUGUUUAAGCGACGUGACCGGUGUCAGCGCGGUGACCUCGGGUGACAGCGGCUCCUCCUCACAGCCUCCCCUGUGCUGUGAGAAACAGCUUUCCCUGUACAUGUGAGACGUCCAAUAAAAGGCAUAUUCCUUCCUGUUC